CUGAAACAUUGUAUGGCUGAAGUUUGUUUAUAUCCGUACACCCCAGUCGCGGAAUACUGUUCACUCGGUUUCAAAAUACAAAUCCGUAGUCAAUGGCUGGAGGCAAAGCUGGUAAAGACUCCGGAAAGGCGAAAGCUAAAGCGAUCUCGCGUUCGCAUCGAGCAGGUUUGCAAUUUCCUGUCGGUCGUAUCCAUCGUCAUUUAAAAGCUCGUACUACGAGUCAUGGACGGGUUGGUGCUACUGCCGCUGUUUACUCAGCAGCAAUUUUGGAAUAUUUAACAGCUGAAGUUCUCGAACUUGCUGGCAAUGCUAGUAAAGAUCUAAAAGUCAAACGUAUAACACCACGGCAUUUGCAGUUAGCCAUUCGUGGUGACGAAGAGCUCGAUACACUAAUAAAAGCUACUAUUGCUGGUGGUGGCGUUAUUCCGCAUAUUCACAAGUCCCUUAUUGGAAAGAAACUACCUCCACCUAAGCCACUUGCCAUGUAACCAGAUUCAUGACAAUUGCAUUUCAUUGUAUCUUGCAUUACUAUCCUUUAAUUUUAUUGAUGUGCCACUGUAUUUUAUCUAUAUAGAAACUUAUCUUUUCUCAAAUGUCUGAAAUAUGCUGUUAUAUAUGUCAAGCUAUAGAUGCAUUAAAAUCUAUUAUUUUGUAUUUCCUGUGAAAAAUUUAUAAGUAUAUGUGCUGAAAUACCCAUCA